CGAGCCGUCGCCGCAAAAUAUAUAUAUAUAUCACAUCCCACAAUCCAUAACCUCAAAAACUUCUCCAUUUCUCAAACGAAUCAAAGUAUAAGCGAUGUCAGGCUUAGCAUGUAAUUCAUGUAACAAGGAGUUCGAAGACGACGCUGAGCAGAAGCUCCAUUACAAGUCCGAGUGGCACCGCUACAAUCUCAAGCGCAAGAUUGCUGGUGUUCCUGGCGUUACGGAAGCUUUGUUUAACGCUAGACAAGCUGCGUUAGCUCAGGAGAGGAUCAAAUCCGUUGAAGCACCUUUGCUUUACACUUGUGGAGUCUGUGACAAAGCUUACAUGAGUUCCAAAGCUCACGAGCAGCAUCUGAAAUCGAAGAGCCACGUUUUGAAUACCUCUUCACAAGGAGGGAACGGAGAGGAGGAGGAUAAAGCGAUAAUUAAGCAGCUUCUUCCUCCUCCUCGCCGUGUUGAGAGGAAGGAGCCUGUUUCGAUUGAGGAAGAGAGUGAAGAAGAAGAAGAAGAAGAAUGGGUUGAGGUUGAUUCUGACGAGGAUUUGGAAGGUGAAGAUAUGGAUGAUGAGUCAGGUUCUGGUGAAGACAUGGAGGAGGAUGAUAUCGAGUUUGAGUUGGAUCCGACUUGCUGUUUGAUGUGUGAUAAAAAGCAUAAGACGCUAGAGAAGUGCAUGGUUCAUAUGCAUAAGUUCCAUGGGUUCUUCAUUCCUGAUAUCGACUACCUCAAGGAUCCAAAAGGGUUCUUAACCUACGUUGGUCUAAAGGUCAAGAGGGACUUCAUUUGUCUCUACUGCAAUGAGUUGCGCCAUCAGUUCAGCAGCCUGGAAGCUGUUAGAAAGCAUAUGGAAGCCAAGAGUCAUUGCAAAGUGCACUAUGGUGAUGGUGGUGAUGAAGAAGAUGCGGAACUAGAAGAGUUCUAUGACUACAGCAGCAGUUACGCCAAUGAAGGUGAAAACCAGAUGGUUGUAUCUGGUGAACCAGCUAAUACCGUAGAGCUUUUUGGUGGGUCUGAGCUUGUGAUCACCAAGAGAGGGGAGAACAAAGUAACGUCCAGGACUCUGGGGUCUCGAGAAUUCAUGCGCUACUACAAACAGAAGCCACCACCAUCUUCUCAGAAGCACAUCGUCAACUCUCUAGCCUUGAGGUACAAGAGCAUGGGUCUAGCAACAGUGCAGUCCAAGGAGGACAUAGUGAGGAUGAAGGUGAUGAGAGAGAUGAACAAAAGAGGAGCGAGAAUGCGUGUUAAGCUUGGAAUGAAGAGUAACGUAAUUAGAAAUCUGCCCAAUAACGUCACGUAUUAGUCUCGCCCAAACUAGUGCUGUUUGAUUCUGCAACGCUUGUUUGUUGUACUGUGAGAUCACAAAACCAUAGUUUUACUGGACCUAUAUAGCUCAUAUGCUCUUGAAAUAUUCUUAUGCCCAUUGGGUCGAUUUUCUCUGAUUUAGCCCAUAGUACUUUAUUUUCUA